AUGAACAAGACAGCCUCUAGAAGUCUUCUAGAAUGGGAGCCCAUCAAUGAAAGGAUCAUUACUGUUAGGUUCAAGUCCAAAUUCCAAGAAGUCACUAUUAUACAGUGCUACGCCCCUACCAAUGCUGCAGACCAGGAGGAGAAGGAGGACUUCUACAGCAACCUACAGAGCGUCAUCGACAAGACUCCAAACAGAGAUAUUAAGAUCGUCAUGGGUGAUAUGAAUGCGAAGGUUGGUAACAACAACGUAGGAAAUGAGGUUAUAAUGGGGAAAGAAGGACUCGGGGAGAUGAAUGACAAUGGAGAGUUAUUCACUGACUUCUGCGGACAGAAUGACCUUGUGAUAGGAGGAUCCAUCUUCCCCCACAAGAAUAUCCAUAAGUCAACUUGGACUUCCCCAGAUCAUACAGUGAAUAACCAGAUUGAUCACGUGACGAUCUCACGCAGAUGGAGAAGAACCCUCACAGAUGUCAGGGCCUACCGCAGUGCAGAUGCUGGGUCAGACCACCAACUGGUAAUAGCGAAGCUGCAAGUACGCAUUGCCCGCGUUAAGAAGUCAGAACAGCAACGCCAACCCAGAUUUGACACUACCAAGCUACGACGAGAAGAGGUGAAAAACUCCUUCAAGAUAUCCCUCAAGAACAGGUACCAGGCCUUGGCAGACCUAGAGGAUGGCUCAAUGGAAAAGAAGUGGGAGAGGGUUAGAUGUACGUUCACCGACACCUGUAGGGAAGAACUAGGGCACAGAAAACGGACAUACAAGACCUGGCUUUCAGAUGGCACCAUCAUAAAGAUAGAAGAAAGGCAGACAGUUAGACAGCGUCUGCUCCAAACCAAAAACAAGGGCACAAAAACACGCCAUCCAACAAGAGUACUCCAUCUUAAAUAG